AUGCGCACUCCGAAUGCCAUGUUAUCCAGAGGCGCUGCCUUGAUGAGGCGCCCUCAGACCGUCUAUCGGUUGACCGAUGCGGCCAGGCCUGCCGUCUCUGCCCUUGCCCGAUACUAUGCCUCCAAAUCAUUCCCUCCCCACACAAUUAUCAGCAUGCCCGCUUUGUCCCCUACGAUGACUGCUGGAAACAUUGGAUCCUGGCAGAAGAAGGCCGGUGACGCAUUGGCCCCUGGUGACGUCCUCGUGGAGAUUGAGACCGAUAAGGCGCAGAUGGACUUUGAGUUCCAAGAUGAGGGUGUUUUGGCCAAGGUCUUGAAGGACUCGGGGGAGAAGGAUGUUGCUGUUGGAACCCCCAUCGCCGUUUUGGUUGAAGAAGGUGCCGACAUCUCGGCCUUCGAGUCAUUCAGUCUGGAAGAUGCUGGCGGUGACAAGGCCCCCGCUGCAACCAAGGCCGAAGAAGCCAAGGAGGAGGCUCCCAAGCCUUCUCCUGAGGCCCAGGACAAGCCCGAGGCCGUUGAGCCAGAGGUUACCGGCGAGCGACUCCAGCCUGCUCUUGAUCGCGAACCCCAGAUCAGCCCAGCCGCCAAGGCCCUUGCUCUCGAGAAGGGUAUUUCUAUCAAAGCUCUCAAGGGCACUGGCCGUGGUGGACAGAUCACCAAGGAAGAUGUCGAAAAGUACCAGCCCGCCGCUACCGCCGCCGCUGGUCCUUCUUUCGAGGAUAUUCCUUUAACCUCUAUGCGCAAGACCAUUGCCGCCAGACUGCAAAAGUCGACCCAAGAGAACCCCCACUACUUCGUUUCCACCACAUUGUCCGUCACCAAGCUUCUCAAGCUUCGCCAGGCCCUCAACGCCUCUGCUGACGGCAAGUACAAGCUCUCCGUCAACGACUUCCUCAUCAAGGCCUGCUCGAUUGCCCUCCGCAAGGUCCCAGCUGUCAACUCUAGCUGGACUGAGGAGAACGGCCAGACCAUUAUCCGCCAAUACAACAACGUCGACAUCAGCGUCGCCGUUGCUACCCCCGCCGGUCUCAUCACCCCAAUUGUUAAGAACGCUCACAACCUUGGUCUCUCCAGCAUUUCCAACACCGUCAAGGACCUUGGUAAGCGCGCUCGCGACAACAAGCUCAAGCCUGAGGAAUACCAGGGUGGUACCUUCACCAUCAGCAACUUGGGCAUGAACAACGCCGUUGAGCGAUUCACUGCCGUUAUCAACCCUCCUCAGGCCGCUAUCCUCGCCGUCGGUACCACCCGCAAGGUCGCUGUCCCCGUUGAGACUGAAGAGGGAACCUCCGUUGAGUGGGAUGACCAGAUCAUUGUCACCGCCAGCUUCGACCACCGAGUCAUUGAUGGUGCCGUUGGUGGAGAAUGGAUCAAGGAGUUGAAGAAGGUUGUCGAGAACCCAUUGGAACUCAUGCUGUAA